AUCCUCGCGGCGCGGCGGCGUGCCUUGCCUUGGGGUCGGGAACGGUCGAGAUUUCGGCGCUAUUGCACACGUCCAGCACUUUCCGCGGAGCCGCUGCCCCGGGCCGACUGCCCUCUGCUGGUGGUGGGGACGCGGUGCAAGGCGUCGCCACGGACCUGGAGAAAUGGCAAAUCUUUUGAAGACAUCAUCCUUAACUGUUAGGACAAAGUUGCUACAUCAAUCAGCACUUUACAAUACAUCUCAUGGCUUCCACGAAGAAGAAGUUAAAAGAAAACUACUGCAGUUCCCUGGUGGAUCUAUUGACCUUCAGAAGGAAGACAGUGGCAUUGGUAUUCUUACAUUGAAUAAUCCUAGUAAAAUGAAUGCUUUCUCAGGUGUAAUGAUGUUACAACUUCUGGAAAAAGUGAUUGAAUUGGAAAAUUGGAAAGAAGGGAAAGGAAUCAUUGUCCGAGGAGCAAAAAAUACAUUCUGCUCAGGAUCUGAUCUGAAUGCUGUGAAGGCACUAGGAACCCCAGAGGAUGGAAUGGCCUUGUGUAUGUUCAUGCAAAACACCUUAACAAGAUUUAUGAGACUUCCUUUAAUAAGUGUUGCUCUGAUUCAAGGUCGGGCAUUGGGUGGAGGAGCAGAAUUUACUACAGCGUGUGAUUUCAGAUUAAUGACUAAAGAAAGUGAGAUCAGAUUCGUCCAUAAAGAGAUGGGCAUAGUACCAAGCUGGGGCGGUGCUACUCGGCUAGUUGAAAUAAUCGGCAGUAGACAAGCUCUCAAAAUCUUAAGUGGAGCCCUCAAACUGGAGUCACAGAAAGCUUUGAACAUAGGAAUGGCUGACGAGAUCUUAAAGUCCUCUGAUGAAAAUGAAUCACUGGAAGAGGCACAAGAGUGGUUAAAGCAAUAUAUUAAAGGGCCACCAGAAGUUAUUAGAGCUAUGAAAACAUCUGUCUCUUCAGUCAAGCAGCUUUGUUUCGAAGAGGCACUGCAGACUGAAAGAGAUCUUGUAGGUUCAGUUUGGGGUGGACCUGCAAAUUUAGAGGCUAUUGCCAGAAGAGGAAAAUUUAAAUAAUUUUUAAAAGUAAACUCUAUUAA